AUGGAGGUGCUCAGGCUGAGUAGAUUGUGUGUAUGUGUAUUGGUUCUAGUUGUUGCUAAAGCAGCAGCGAAUGAUAAAUGCCCUGAGGAUGGAGACGGAACGCGGUGCCCAUUGUCUGCCUGUGCCAGGGGGGACGCACUGCCCCGCUGCGCAUUUGGAUUCGCUUCCACCGUAACGGGAGGCGCAGGGGGGCAGUCUAACUCUUACGUGGUGACGAGCUCUGAGGACUCCCCACAGUCUCCACAGCCGGGAAGUCUGAGAUACGGGCUUGGCAAGGGAAACGUGUGGAUCACCUUCUCCCGGGGCAUGAAGAUCCUUCUCAAGGACAGGCUCUGGAUUCAAAGCUCCACCACCAUUGAUGGCCGGGGCUUCAGCGUGACAAUUAGCGGCGGCCAGCUCGUGAUGCGAGGGGUCUCAAACGUCAUUCUGCACAACCUGCAGAUCAACGCCCCCGCUGACAAGAGCGAGAACACCAUUCAUGUCAGCGACGGGUCCAACCUAAUCUGGAUGGAUCAUCUCACAUUUGUGGAUCCCACUCGCAUGACAGGCAUUGGCAAGAUCAUCUCCGUCAACACCGCCAGCACAGACGUCACCAUUUCCAACUCCAUUCUCGCCAACACAGAUUUCAGCGUUCUGCUGGGCAACUCCGAUGAGGAACAGCAGGACAAAAUCAUGCGCGUCACGGUGUACAGGAAUUGGUUUAAGGAUUCCACCCAACGCAUGCCUCAUUGCAGGUGGGGAUAUUGCCAUGUCCUCAACAACCUAUACACUAACUGGGGUUACUACGCCAUUGGCGCCCGCGUUCGAGCCACCAUCAAGUCCGAAGCCAAUGUCUUUGAGGCGGGCCCGAAGAAAGAGGUAACCCCCUGGGAUCGUAGUUUAGCUACAACAUUGGACCAGACUCCCCACAUCGAAUCCAAUGGAGAUCUGCUCCUCAAUGGGGCUACUUUCCAUCAAUUCCUCAAAACGGCACCGGCAUCUGCUUCUCCCGCUCACAAAGUAAAGCCCCCUCCUGUCUUGCCACCUCAACAACUUUCUUCCCUGUUGAAACGCUGCGCAGGAGCACUCAAUCCCUCCCAAGCCCGGGCAUGCCUUCUUCCCUGA